CACCACCACAGCCCAGCCCGCCACCCCACCGAUCCACCCUAACCUCCACCACCGUAGCCUAGCCCGCCGCGUCUCCCCCCACCCCUUGAGUCGUCGUUUUCCCCCAUCACCGAAACCCCACGCAACCACCAGAACCCCAAAAUCGCAUCCCCAAAACCCCAAUAUCGUCGCAAUUAUUGUAAUUGGGUGGCGAAUUGAUGCGAUUGGAAGCCGGAAAUACCAGGGGCUGCAAGGUGCUAGUGCUGCCGCGGUGAUUGUGGUUGUGGGUGGCUGGAGAUUUUUAGGUAGUAAUGGUUAUUGCAAGGAGUACUAUUGUUUGGUGGUGGCCGUGGUGUGAGAGUUGGUGGUUGCCGCUACAAUUGCGCCGAUUGCUAUUGUUGUUGGCGUGGGCUGCUUGUGGUUUGUUGCAGCGGUGAGGGUGGCAGCAGGAAUUGGUGGGUGUGAAUUGGUAGGUUGUAGUGGUUGGUCGACUGCUAGGUGCGACUGGUGGGAUGUGGCUGAUGUUUGAAUUAGAGUAGGGGAGCAGUGAAGGAGAGGGGCUGCCGGAGUCAAGGGGGUGCGAGGAAAGGGAGGGGAGAGGGGCUGCCGGAUUUUGAGGGUGAGGGUUCACUAGUAGAAAAAAUGAAAUAGGCACCGCACUUUUCGCACCGGUUCUUGAAAAUCGGUGGGAAAAGAAAUGGGCGGGAUUGGAAAAAAGACUUUUCACACCGGUUCUAACCAAACCGGUGGGAAAAGUAUGUUUUUCGCACCGGUUCUAAGAAAACCGGUGGGAAAAGUGAGUAAUUCGGACCGGUUCAUUUCAAACCGGUGGGAAAACUGUUAUUAAAAAAAACCACUUAUAUUCUUAUUUCUUUCUCUUUCAAUUCCUCGAUCUUUCCUCCUCUCUCGUCUGAGCUACCUCUCUCUCCUCUCCCUCUCCUCUUUUAAAAUGAAUCUCUUUGUACUCCUUCCUCUCUCUCUGUACUCCUUCAUAUCUUUCUCCCUGUACUCCUUCCUCUCUCCAUCCUCCAUUUAAGUGUUUCUCGCUGUACUCCUUCCUCUCUCUCUCCUCCAUUUAAGCGUACUCGAAAUUCUCCAUUGAAGGGGCUUUUGAGCUUUCUCUCCUCCAUUGAAGCAGUCUCUAAGGUUAAACAAAUUAUCAAAAAUGUAUUUGCAAUUCUACAUCAACGAUAAUGGCGACAAAGUCUACACUACCAAGAAGGAAUCGCCUAUUGGUAAAGCCACAGAAUCAGCUCACCCAGGAGAACAGGAAAUAAAACAUGUAGGAGAUAUGGUUCUUUGUCAACUUCAACUGAGCAUUAUGUCGCUGGCAUCAACAAGUAGGGUGCUUUACUCUUUUUGGCUAAGUCCUUGUUCGUGGCACGUUCGAUUUGCUUUAAACUUAAAAGGACUUCAAUAUGAGUACAAAGCAGUUGAUCUUAUCAAAGGGGAGCAAUUUAAUCCAGAGGUGGAAGACAGAAGCCAUAGAGAAAUGUGAUGUGAUGGUAUAUACAAAAAUCUUCCUCGAGUUUCCAUCUAAGUUUUAGCCUUCCGGGGUGGAGAAAGAGUUCUUCAUCUAUGCACAUGACAGGAGAGGCUACUACACAUCAGUGCAGCCAGAACAAAAACAGUCGCAUAUCAAACAGAAGAGCAGCCUGUCAGCCUGAACACACAACACAGCAGCCAGCAGAGCAACCACCAGCACAAGACCAGGAUAGCUCCUGCUGGAACUCAGACAAUAUGCUGUUUCUGAAGAAAAUAUAUAUGUUAGUGUUUAUAUGUAAAUUUUUUUUUUAGUUUUUUAAAGUGUAAUAUUACAAGUUAUUGAG